AAGGUACAGGUAGAGAGGAAACCUGAGGAUACCAACCUAUGCCUUGGCCUGCGCUCAAAGGAGAUUUGGUUAAUGAGCUACACUGUAUACAAUCUUUGAUAAAUUAAAUAUAAAGUUAAAUAAUAAAAUAAAUUAUAAGAUAUUAAGCUUUUUUUAUUGACAGAUUGAUAAAUAUCUGUUUUAACAAAUUUCUUAGUUGCUUCUUCGCAAUAUCAAAAGUAUGUUUUUAUACACAAUCUACCCGAGCCAUGUCGGAUGCCUUUGAAGAAAUACAAGCGAUCAAAAUAAAGAGGAACAGUUAUCGCGAGAAAUUACAGAAGAGGAAACGCGAGAGACAUGAACUGUACACGCUUACUUCCACGCCGGUUUCGUCCUCCCUGACAGCGGAAUCAGCAUGUCCCGAUUCCAAUGCGUCUUCACGCUCAGAUCACAGCGAAUAUGAAAGGGAUGUACUUUGUAUUUUACAUGAAUCCCUCCCUAAUCUACCAAUAACAUCCGCAGACUUGAUAGACCAGCUACGUAAGAAUCUCAAUGCCGAUGUAUCUUCUUCGGACAUUCACAAGAUUUUAGAGAAGCUGGCUGCGCAAGAUAUAGUUAAGAUCAAAGAAGUCACGGAAAAUGGAGUAUUUGGAUAUACAGUGUUGUCGGUAACGGAAUCCCAAUCGUCAUGUCAAUUUCAAUCUGGUGAUACUGAGAAUAUCGAAAGCGUAGAAAUGUCCGAGUUAAAUGAUCAUGUGCCUCCAGAGAAACAGGCUAAGAUGGAUAAGAAAAAUACAGAAGACAUUAUGUCCUUGAUUUCCAUGCCGACUAUCAGAGAGAAAGAGAGCAAAAAGGUUGGCGAACAAAUCCUGGACCUAUUGUCAAAACAGACUUCUAAAGAAAAAUCGUUAGCAGAACGAUUUCGCUCUCAGGGAGGUGCCCAAGUCAUGGAAUUUUGUCCACAUGGUACCAAAGUAGAUUGUAUGAAAUUGAAUGGUGGUCCGGGAUUUGCAGAGAAAUGCAAAAAGUUACAUUUUAAGAAAAUAAUACAGAGUCAUACAGAUGAAUCUUUGGGGGACUGUAGUUUUCUUAACACCUGUUUCCACAUGGAUACAUGCAAAUAUGUUCACUAUGAGGUUGAUGGUCCAACGGCUCAACCAAAGGAAAUCAACGACUCUGAUAGUCCAAGCAAUACUGCUUCAAAUAAGACACUGAAUUUAGAUAGCAAAAAUGGCAGUAGUAGUAGCAAUGCAGGUAGCGAAUUGACUCUAUAUCCACCACAGUGGAUUCAGUGUGACUUACGUUAUCUUGACAUGACCGUUCUUGGCAAAUUUGCUGUGAUCAUGGCCGAUCCACCAUGGGAUAUUCAUAUGGAAUUGCCUUACGGCACGAUGUCAGAUGAUGAGAUGAGACAAUUAGGGAUCCCAGCCCUCCAAGACGAAGGACUCUUAUUUCUUUGGGUAACUGGCAGAGCUAUGGAAUUGGGGAGGGAGUGUCUGCAACUGUGGGGUUAUGAAAGGGUCGACGAGAUUAUCUGGGUAAAGACGAAUCAGUUACAAAGAAUAAUACGGACUGGUAGGACAGGCCAUUGGCUGAACCAUGGCAAGGAGCAUUGUCUGGUUGGCAUGAAAGGUAAUCCUCGUAUUAAUCGAGGAUUGGAUAGCGAUGUUAUUGUCGCUGAGGUCCGUGCUACCAGCCAUAAGCCUGAUGAAAUUUAUGGUAUUAUCGAACGCAUGAGUCCCGGCACCAGGAAGAUCGAAUUAUUCGGUCGACCACACAACGUGCAGCCCAAUUGGAUUACAUUAGGUAAUCAAGUAGAUGGUGUCCAUCUGAUUGAUCCGCAACUUAUUAAAGCCUUUAAAAAACGUUAUCCCGAUGGAAAUUCAAUGAAGCCUACUAAAUCAUAAGAUUAUUCUUAUUUAUCGAAUUAAUUCAAAGAUUUGAAUUUUGAACGGGGAACAGUAGUAUAAUCAAUUUUCAAAAUAUUUAAAGUUAAAAAUCUAAAAAAUUUAGAAAAUUU